AUGGCAUUGGAGAAGGAUGAAAUCGAGGCCAACGCUGUUGAGAAUAGUGCCGACCACGAACAGAAGCAUGCUCAUGCUACUGACUUUGAGGCGCCGACACAACAUGUCCAGGAACUCGGUGAGGCACAGCACGUCAAUCUGAGCUGGCGGACAUGGGUCGUGGUCUUCGUUGCCUGUUUUGCCAUCAUGGCGCAGGUCUUCGUCGUGGUGGCGGCUGGCUCUGUGAUUGCUUUCAUUAUCCGCGAUCUCGGUGAUGGAGAGCUCGCUGGAUGGAUCAUUGAGGGCCCACUGCUGAUGCAAAGUGCCCUGUCACCGAUGGUCGGCCGUCUCAGCGACGUCGUAGACCGGAAAUACAUGGCCACUAUUCCACCCCUCAUUGCGUUCGUCGGCGCUGUCAUCUCAGCCAAGGCCACAUCAAUGCAGAUGCUUGUGGGUGGCGGUAUCCUCAUCGGCGUUACGCUGCCCACGAUUGCCAUCGUCCAAGCCAUACCCAGCGAAGUGCUGCCUCUGAAGUACCGAGCGCUGGCGAAUGGGUUUGCCUUCCUCGGUGGAGCUGUGGGUGGCCUUGUUGGCUCACUCGGGUCAGGCGCCAUGACGAACGCGAAUCCGGGCGGCUGGAGAGACAUUUUCUGGAUGCAGGCUGCCCUUCACGCGGCUACUUCGAUCGGGCUGUUCGUCUUCUACAGACCUAAACAAGGCUCCGACUAUGGCAAACUCACCUGGAAGCAGGUCUUGUGGGAAUGUGACCCCAUUGGCUCGCUGCUAUUCGUAACGAGCACGGUGCUGCUACUCUUGGCUCUGACUUGGGCUGGAGGGGCGUAUGCCUGGUCCGAAGCCCACGUUGCAGCUCCAUUGACCAUUGGCUUGGUGCUUCUGGUUGGGUUUGGCCUAUAUGAGUGGAAGGGUCGUACAGACGGUAUGGUAACUCAUGCCUUUUUCAAGGGCUCCCCCAACUUUGCCCUCUCGGUCUUUGCCUUUGCCGUCGAGGGCUGGCUCUUCUACAGCGCCGUCAACAGCAUCACCCCUCAGAUUGUGCUGAACCUCGGCUUCGAGAACAACGCAUGGGACAUAUCGAUUCGCCAACUGUCUUACCAGUUGCUUACACUCUUCGUCUCCAUUCCCAUCAUGCUCUAUUCAACCUACUACAAAGACCUCAAGUCACCCCUCCUCGUCACAUUCACAAUCUUCUUGGCCGUGACCAUCUGCUACGCCAACAUCUCCCCCAGCAUGUCAAAGGCACAGUACGGCUUCAACGUGCUUUCCGGAAUCGGCCAGUCCGGCCCGCUCACCCUCCUCGUAGCAUGCGUGCAGUUCACCGCGCCACACGCCUACCUCUCGACCGCCACAGGCCUGGCCUUUUCCGCACGAGCAAUCGGCGGCUCCUUCGGCACCGCGGUUCUCUUCGCCAUCACCAAUUCCAAACUCGGCAACACGUACGCGCGCAAAGUCGGAAACGCGGCCGUGGCGGCCGGUCUGCCUGAGUCGUCUGUGUCGGCGCUGCUGGAGGCUUUCGGUUCAGGCGCUGGCUUCGACGAGGUUCCAGGCGCGAACGCGGAUGUGAUGCUGGCGGCGACGGAUGCGAGUCAUUGGGCUUACACGCGAGCGUACCGCUUGGCUUGGUGGUCCAUCUUCCCGUUUGUGGUCGUGGCCAUCGUCGCCGUGGCUUGUCUGAAGGGCGUGAAGGAGUUGAUGACGGAAAAGGUGGAGGCUACGGUUGAGAAUGUGGCGAGGGAGGAGAGUGUAAAGGUGUGA